AUGAAAUUCCAAUCUACGGCCAUUGCGGUACUCCUCUACUCUAUCGCAGCGACUCCGGUUCUCAGCAACCCUAUUCAAGAUGUCAGUCGCCUCGAAGCACGACAAAGCGCAACUUCCGAUGAGCUGAAAAAUGGGGCGUGCAAAGAAGUGUUUUUCAUAUUUGCGCGUGGCUCAACCGAAACAGGGAACAUGGGAACCGUGGUUGGUCCUCAAGUAUGUUCGGACCUAAAAUCUGCCCUCGGCGAUAGCGUAGUUGGAUGCCAGGGAGUGGGCUCCCCAUACGAGGCAACUCUGGCAGAUAACUUCUUGCCUCAAAAUACUAGCCCAACGGAUAUCGGGGCUGCCACCACACUCUUCGACUUGGCUGACUCCAAAUGUCCAAAUUCUAAGAUUGUAGCCGGCGGGUACAGUCAAGGAAGCGCCGUCAUGGACGGCUCCAUCCAGGCACUUCCCGCCUCAAUCCAAAACAAGAUCUCUAGAGUCGUUCUGUUUGGGUUCACGCGCAACCAGCAAGAUGGUGGCGAAAUCCCGAAUUACCCUGCAAGUAAAACCAAGGUCUUCUGCGCGGUUGGUGACCUUGUUUGCGAUGGCACGUUGAUAAUCACUGCGGCUCACCUAACUUACGGGGCAAAUGCCCCCGCAGCUGCGAGUUUCCUUGUCCAGCAGCUUGGCUUGUAA